UGGUCCCUGCCCUUAGACUGCUGGAGACCCAGUAACUCAAUAUGGAAGAAGUGAAACUAGAUGAAUGGACAUAUUUUGCAUUAAGCCAGAAGUUGCAUCAUCCAUUUCUGAACAGAUUUCGGUGCACGAUGAAAAUAUUUAGCCAUAAUCAAAACACACACUUUUACAGGUCUUCACAAAGCAUUUUGAAAACUAUUGACACGACUUCAAACGAUUAUUAGCUGCAUCAGAGCAUUGACCCAGAAGGCCCUCACCAAAAUCUUCAGCACCUCCCUGAAAAGGAUACGGUGUGUGGCUCAAGAUUUCCUGCCCUGUUCACUCUGACUUGAAGUAUUUAUUCAAACCGAAACUAAACCUAGAUUCUUCUCAGGAUCUGACGGUACAGGCAAACAGAAGGCUAAAGACACAACACGACAGAGUGCAGAAGAUGGCUCAUAUGAGAUGGAAACUACAGAGGGCCUUCUGUCAGUAUGUCACCGAUACUCUUAUUUACAUCACCGUGGUGAAAGAUUUCCUGGAGAUGUUCUCUGAAUGGGAGGAAUGCAGAAAGACAGAGGUAGUGAAAAUGAAUAGAAUCAAAAAAAAGGCUGACAAAAUUGACCCCACUUUCACCAAGUCGGAGGGAAACCGGGCAGCCUUUAGCAAGUUCAUGAAGAGCAACUUCCAGAUGAAGGCAGAGAGCAAACUUGCAGAACUAGAAAAUUAUUUGGGUGAAGUAUUGAAAGAAACCCUGGAAGGUCUGGAGAAACUCAACACCUUCUCGGAUGCAGUGGAGAAGCUGGCUGUCACUUCGCUGCAGGUGUUCACUCAGAACCAGAUGAUAUUCCUGCCUGAAGGGAUCAGCUUUGAUGAUGUUCAAGCUGUGAUCAGAACUGCACGGCUGAUCUGCCCUCUCCUCCUGGGGUUUAAAAGAGAUGCAAAGGCCUUCUUCCUUCCUUCACUUCACAAUGUGGAGGUGCUGGUGUACCAGCUGAAAAAAUACAUAAACUCCACAGAGAAGAUCGUUGAAGACCUUGCUUACAGCCUCAAUAUUAACAUUUGCCUGCAAAAGAUAGAGGAAAUUGCUGUUAAAUGUGAUUUAUCUGAUGAAGAAAUCCAAAACAUGGCUGAUCAUGUCAAGCAACUUGAUGUAAUAAGGAUGGACGAGCACUUUCGGAUGUCGGUCUUGUUCCAGAAGGUCCACUACUCAGCUUUUGUUAAUAAGUACAAUGAUCAGCUGCCCCAGAUGCUGCAGUUUCUUGAUGAGAUUGAACAGUGUGCCGUUCAGUUAGACAAGAUGAAUAAGGGGGCAAAGAUCUCCAGUGUGGCUGGGAGCUCUGUGGGAGCAGUGGGAGGUGUACUCUCCAUCAUUGGCUUGGCUUUAAUUCCAGUAACAGCUGGGGUGUCCUUAGGGCUUAUAAUUUCUGGUGCAUCCCUGGGAGCAACCAGCGCAGUGAACAGUGUUGUAACCACUGUAACAGAGUUUAAGGUUAAUUCUAAACAAAAUAAGCAAGCAAAUACAGCCUUUCAAAGGUUCAUGGAUAGUGUUCAGAGUAUACAGGAUUGUCUGGAAGAGGCAACCAACAUACCAUAUGUUACACAAAUUGAUAAUGACACGGUUAACGUAGUACCAAAGAUCGCUACCAAAUUAUGUGCUGUUCGAAACAGUAUUGACACUGUCGUUGAUGCCUCUUCUGCUUUGGUGUCUGUUUUGAAGGCUAAGAGAGUGGUCGCAAGUGCAGGCAAAGCUGGACUACAGGAAGGAAAAGCAUUGUGUACCAUAUCCAGGGUGGCCUCAGAUGUUCCUGAUAUUGGUCAGGCAGCACUUAAAGGGCCUCUUGCUCUCUCCAAGGGGGCUAGAGGUGGUUUAAUUGCACUUAAUGCCCUCUUCAUUGGCAUGGAUAUCUUCUUUAUCACUAAAGACAGCAUGGCUCUGGCUAAAGGGACAGAGACAAAGGUCUCAAAGUUCCUCAGAACCAGAGCUACACUUUGGCACUCAGAGAUUGAGGCAUGGGAGAAGAUUUGUAACUCAUUGUGUCAUAGCAAUCUAACCGCAAAGGAGAACAGCAAAAUUCUUGAGAAGCCAUUGUAUCCUGAUAGGGUGUUAGAGUGGUAUGAAUACCUUUAUUUUAUUUUAUUUUUUAUUUAUAUAUAUAUAUAUUUUUUUUAACCAUGUCCUGUCCCUCAGAGUAGCACUCAUUGCUGUCUGAGUGGCAAGAAGAAGCCCACCAGAUUUACUUUCACAAGUGGAGCAUUACGCCUAAUGUUAUAAUGCUCUGAUUGAUAUUUAUAAAAGAAAAUUAUUUUAUUAGAAACAGCUUUGGUAUUAUUUAAUUUAUUAGACAUUGAGAUGGAAACGAAAAGGAAAACAUUUGAAGCACAAAAGAGAGAGAGAUGGGGCAAAAAGAAAAAAAGGAGAAAGAAUGGAGGAGAGAAAGAAGGAUGAAGAAUUACAAGAUGACAGGCUGCUUGCUUCUACACCUGCAGAAACACAUUUAAUAACAGCUUUGUUACCAGAUGUAUUUAGUGGUAACUGCAGCUCAUUAUAGAACAUUUGUGUAUCUGUUAACACCUUUAUCUAAACACCUGUGGGUCUGAGUGUGAGCGUGCUUGUGUAUACAAGGUUUCUCCAUUAAAAA